CACGCCCCCUCCGUUUCCUAAGCUGGGCUUCAAAAUCAAGAAAGGCUCAUGAGAUACUGGGCCGGAAUCAGGAGCCUUGGGCUGGGCCGUGAUGGGCGAUUGGGCCGCCCGGGAUCCGCUCCCGCCGCCCGAACUCCGGUUUGAAUGUCUUCUUCCUUGGACAGAAAGAUUCCUAGUUUAUUACAUCCUCCUCCUGAGAAAUCCUCCGAUUCUGGAAGCUUCCAUCUGAGAUUCUAGGGUUUACCGGCGGUCGGCUCGCUUCUCCUUCCAUCCGCGAAUCGAAAGGUCGUAACUUUCGACAGGUCCGGCGCAGAUCGUCGCAACCCAUCGAAGGAAGGAGAUGGCGGCGAAAAUUCUGGCGAACCUGAUCGUGAUGGGCGGUGGUAUUAUGGCUCGAGCUCUUGUUCAGGCGUAUCGUCAAGCCCUUGCCAAUGCCUCAAAAACUGGUGUUGCCCAAGAAACGCUACAGAACACCGUUCGCCGAGCUAGCAAGGCAAUGACAGAGCAAGAAGCAAGGCAGAUUCUUGGGGUGACCGAGGAGACUGCCUGGGAAGAUAUAUUGAAGAAAUAUGAUGCUUUGUUCGAGAGGAAUGCGAAGAACGGGAGCUUUUACAUUCAGUCUAAGGUUCACCGGGCUAAAGAAUGUUUAGAGUCUGUAUAUCAAGGCAAAGGCCAAAGUAACCCAAGUUGAUGGUCCAGAGCUUGUGCAUAUUCUCGUAUUUUGUACUUCCAUGAAGCGUAUUUGUUGGGUGCCUCAAAGGUGGAAUGUGUCAACAUAUUUGCACUGUAUGUAUUUUUGUCUUGAGUUCAUCCCUAAUGCUGAAUAAUGUAAUCUUAUUGCUGAUCUGUGUAGCGGUUGGCCGGCAAAGUUACGUUGUCUGAUAAUAAAUCAGCAAAGAUAUGAAUAAGUUCUGUACAAAGUAAUGACAAUGACUUAGAAAAUUUAUCCGUUUCUCCCUCUUUGGGUGAAUGUCUA